AAAAAGAAAAAGCGAAUGCAAAAUUCCAAGCUUGCUCCAUAGUCACUCAAGAAAAGUCUUAUUAGAUUGAUAUAAAAGCAUAUAUUGAGAAUGAAAGGCUAAUAGUGGAGAGUUUGAUGAUAAUGAUGAUGAUCAGAAGCAAAGAAAGUUCGAGUGAUGAGCUUUCCACUAGCCCAACCUGGAAAUUGUACGAGAACCCUUAUUAUAGUUCUAAACUUGAGCAACAUAAGCAUCCGAAAGAACAAAUAGAAGCGCAUACUCAAAAGCCUCCCAAUAGUCAUCGUAUAAACCUCCCUAUCUCAACGCGUAAAAUUGCUUCUGCAUUCUGGGAUCUCACCUUCAUAAAACCAUUCAUGGAAUCCGAGCUUGAUGUUGCUCGAGCCCAGAUCAUGGAACUUAAGGCUAAUGUGGAGCGUGAGCGCAAGGCUCGUAAGAAAGUGGAGUCAAUCAAUAAAAAGCUGGUGAAGGAACUGUGUGAGAUGAAGAAAGGAAGAGAAGAAGCUGAGAGAGUUUGUUCUGAGGUAUGUAAGGAGAUGGCGUUGAAUAAAGAAGAGAUUAGUCGCGCUAAGCUGGAAUUGCAGGAGGAGAGGAAGAUGCUACGUGUUGCUGAGGUUUUGAGAGAAGAGAGGGUGCAAAUGAAACUAGCUGAUGCUAAGUUCAUUUUGGAAGAGAAACUUCUUGAGUUAGAAGCUAUCAAGAGACUACAAACAAAGUCUCCUUCUAGGAGUCCACCAAUGUAUGCAGAAGAAGAUGUGCAUCAGAUAACUGAAGUGACUCACACUUUUUAUGGAGAAUCGACUAGUCAAUGCACUGCUAGAGAUGCUCUCGGUUGUGAUUAUGAUAAGCCAGGGGGGAGUGAGGCGGUGCAAUGGGUGCAACGAGGAGCUUCAAGCGGGGAGGCAGAGAAUCCACAUAUCAAACGAGGGAUCAGAGGUUUUGUUGAAUUUCCUAAAGUGGUUCGAGCAAUUGGAUCCAAGAGUAGGCAAAUUGGGACAAAGCUGGAGUGCCAGAAGUCUCAGCUCAUGAUACUACUUAAGCAGAAGAGUAUAAUCCGAUCCAACAACCUAAUUAUGAGUUGACAUAUUGAAUCAAACUGGAUAUUUCAUUGUUGGAAAGCUCCUUAUAAUGUGUGUUUUCUUUGUAAAGCAAGCUAGGUUGCUAAAGAUGGCCUCUAUCGCUAAUAACUGUUGCUUAGAUAUGAUCAUCAGUCAUCACUGCCCAGAAAUUUGUUGCAGUGGUAGGUAUAGAUUGUUGAGUUUGUAAGUGUUGAGUUUCUACGAUAGGAUUUACGUGCAAUUCCUUUUCUUUUUCAUUAUUUUUGUUUGCUUUGGAGAUCAGUGAGUCUAUAAACGUCAAGUGUUGCAUUGUAACCAAACUUGCUCUGUUGAAAUGUGGCUAGUACUGAAUUCACUUAUGUAAUUAUUUUUUUCUGAUAAUUUUAACAGAUUUGAGGAGGUUACUACUA